AUGGACGCCGUCGCCGAGGAUGCCGUGGCAUCUAGUACCAAUAUUCAUCAGAUUCAGGAGGGUGACCUCGUGAGGGUCGGGCCGAAAGGCGACCAUGGCACGGUGGCCCAUCUCCCGGGGCUAUACUACACCGGCCAACCUCUUCUCCCAGCUGCCACGUUCAGGAUUUUCCGUGUCGACGGCACAAUGGAGACCGCAGAGGCACGCGACAUCACCAUCAUAGACAGGGGCUACUUCCGCAGUGGCCAGUUCGUCGUGUCGGCGUCAGAUAUUCAUGGUCGGGUCGGCGUCGUCACGGAAUCCAACACCACGCUCGACCUCGUGAAGCUCGUCGGCCACGGGGAGCCACCGGUCAUGGCGAUGACCGGGGUGGCACCGGGAUGCCUGCGGCGCGUCCGGGAGCUCUGCCUCGGCGACUUUGUCGUGUCCGGGCCGUGGCUCGGACGGGUUGUCAAGGUGCCCCUCGAGCUCGACGUGGUGUUUGACGACGGCGCCCUCUGCAGGGUCAUCGGCGGCACGCCGUUGACGAAGCUAUGCCCAGUCGUGGCCACAAACAAACGCAUUUUUCACGACCGGAUGAAAUCGAGCUUCUACCCGGGCCUGCGUGUCACCUCGCCGGCGGACGGCUUCAAGUACUGUCGGUGGCUUCGUGGAUACUGGAAGCCCAGCCGCAAAGUGGGCACCAUCGCCAAGGUUCAGAUCAUGGGAUCUCUCGUCCACUGGAUCGCCUCUAAGCACCACGGCGCCGACCCGCGGCUAGUCCAGGAGUCCGCUCCUCCCGCCUACCAGGAUCCUGCCGAUUUGACCUUCUUCUGCUCCGCCUACGAUUGCUACUGGGGCGUCGGGGAUCGCUGCUUCCUUCGAGACACACAAGAACAAGGACCCAAGGAGGAGAACACGAUGCACCACCGGAAGCUCCUCCACCUGGAUGGGCGUAGGCGGACGCGGCAGAGGCAGCCGGCGGAGGUCGAGCAACCCAUGAGCGUCGCCAGCACCCGCACCACCGUCGACGUGCUCUGGCAGGACGGCACGAGGCAGAGUGGGGUGCCGUCCACUUGUCUUCUCCCCUACCAGAUGACGAGCGAGCACGAGUUCUUCCCGGGGUUCUACGUUGUCGACGGCGUGGCGCCCGGCGCUAACGCCGCAGCCGAUGAUGUACCCGUCGUAGACAAUGCUACUGGUGCACAGACUACUGAGACCAGGCGCGUCGGCACUGUCCGAUGCGUGAACUCCGAGGACCAGACAGUAGGCGUGUCAUGGUUCAAAGAGUCGUCGAGCCCCGACGAGGCCACAGAGAUCGACACCGUGAGCGCCUACGACUUGGCAUUGCAGCCAGGUCCCCAUGCUUUCUAUGGACAUGUCGUCAUACGCCGGCCACCGUCGGGAUAUCCUGAUGCCAGCGAGGUUAGAGCAGUAGCCGAUCUUUCUUGGGUCGGCCAUGUUGUCGACCUUGUUGAUGGGCGUAUCCAAGUCAAGUGGGCCGACAGCACCGUGUCAAUGGUGUUGCCCGAUGAGAUUAGUAUCGUCACUGAGCUGUACUACUGGGAACUAGAGGCUGAAAUGGUCGGUGACGGCGACGACUGGGUGGAGGUUAACAGCGUCGACCAUGAGCAUGAAGAUGAGGAUUCGGCUAAUAGUCUGUACAAUGAACCACAAAACCCACCUGAAGGUAGCAAUGUCCAGGGUGACAUUGAUCCAGUGAAUGAGGAGGACGGCGAUUUGGUGGAUGAAGAUGACAGUACAGCAACAAAAGCAAGCCGGAAGGUUGCUAUCAUCCAGUAUAUGUCCCAACUGGCACGCCAAGUGUUGGCUCAAACCAUGAGAUAUUUUGGCAAUAGGUUGUUGUCGUCGUCACUUGGCUCGGAAUUAGCUGGAGGGACGGCCAAUGAGGGAGCUCAUGUGGCUGUACCUGAUGGUCAUCACAGUACAAGCAAUCAUGAUGCGAUUCACGCCAUACCGGCUGCACUAACCAGCAACGACACAUGUGCUGAUGAUGAUGGCUGUGCCGAGAAGGUCAAAAAUAUUGAACACCCCACCGGUGAUGAAGAUCAGUUUCACUUCCCAUAUUUUGAUGUUACGCAUAGCCCUCUUGAUCACCAUUACAUCGACAACGUGGGGCAGGGCCCUAGUGGUGGAAAGAGGUGGGUCAAAGCAGUGCAAAAGGAAUGGAAAAUACUGGAGAACAACAACUUGCCAGACACCAUAUAUGUGCGAGUGUUCGAGGAUCGCAUGGACCUGCUCAGGGCCGUGAUAGUUGGUGCGAGCGGGACACCCUACCAGGACGGGAUCUUCUUCUUCGACCUGCACCUGCCGCCAUCGUAUCCUGAUGUGCCUCCGAUGGUGUACUACCACUCAUUCGGUCUCCGCCUCAACCCCAACCUCUACAACUCUGGCACAGUGUGCCUCAGCCUUCUCAACACCUUUGGUGGAGAGGCAUCUGAAGUCUGGUCACCAGCUACAUCCAGUCUCCUGCAGGUCGCCGUCUCUAUCCAGGGUCUAAUACUCAACGACCAACCAUACUACAAUGAGGCCGGUUAUCAAAGCCUAGUCGACAAGCCAGAGGGAUGCCGCAAUGCAUUGCCAUACAAUGAAAAUGCUUACUUGCUCACCCUUCGGACCAUGCUCCACCUGUUGCGACGACCGCCAAGUGGAUUUGAGGGAUUCGUCAAGGAUCACUUCUGCCGCCGGGGGAGGUUCAUUCUUCGAGCAUGUGAGGCAUACCUAAGAGGGUGUGUAGUUGGCAUGCUCGAUGGUGAUGCAUGCGCCACCAAAGGAAGUAAGGAGGAUAGAUCAUGCUCGACCGGGUUAAGACUGGCGCUUUCCAACGUGUUGCCAAAGCUUGUGGCAGCACUAGCAGAGAUUGGCGCCGAGGGGUGUGAGUGUGACAAGUUCCACGAGCUGCAUGACCUGCUUAUGGGCGGCGAUAGAGUGCAACGUGCUUACUAG